CACGUUUGAUGUGAGAACAUCAUAAAUUUUAAUGGCCACAUGUUUGAAGAGAUUUUAGAAGAGAUUUUAGGAGAGAUUUUAGAAGAGAUUUUAAAAGAGAUUUUAGAAGAGAUUUUAGAAGAGAUUUUAGAAGAGAUUUUAGAAGAGAUUUUAGAAGAGAUUUUAGAAGAGAUAUCAGCAGAGAUUUUAGAAGAGAUUUUAGAAGAGAUUUUAGAAAAGAUUUUAGAAGAGAUUUUAGAAGAGAUUUUAGAAGAGAUUUUAGAAGAGAUUUUAGAAGAGAUUUUAGAAGAGAUUUUAGAAGAGAUUUUAGAAGAGAUUUUAGAAGAGAUUUUAGAAGAGAUUUUAGAAGAGAUUUUAGAAGAGAUUUUAGAAGAGAUUUUAGAAGAUAUUUUAGAAGAGAUUUUAAAAGAGAUUUUAGAAGAGAUUUUAGAAGAGAUUUUAGAAGAGAUUUUAGAAGAGAUUUUAGAAGAGAUUUUAGAAGAGAUUUUAGAAGAGAUUUUAGAAGAGAUUUUAGAAGAGAUUUUAGAAGAGAUUUUAGAAGAGAUUUUAGAAGAGAUUUUAGAAGAGAUUUUAGAAGAGAUUUUAGAAGAGAUUUUAGAAGAGAUUUUAGAAGAGAUUUUAGAAGAGAUUUUAGAAGAGAUUUUAGAAGAGAUUUUAGAAGAGAUUUUAGAAGAGAUUUUAGAAGAGAUUUUAGAAGAGAUUUUAGAAGAGAUUUUAGAAGAGAUUUUAGAAGAGAUUUUAGAAGAGAUUUUAGAAGAGAUUUUAGAAGAGAUUUUAGAAGAGAUUUUAGAAGAGAUUUUAGAAGAGAUUUUAGAAGAGAUUUUAGAAGAGAUUUUAGAAGAGACUUUGGAAGAAAUUUUAGAAGAGAUUUUUGAAGAGAUUUUAGCAGAGAUUUUAGCAGAGAUUUUAGAACAGAAGAUAUUUUAG